UACAGCAAGUUCUUUAAAAAAGCUGGCUCUCUUUUCUUGUCGGCGAAUCAAUUUUUUCUUUUUUGCAUUAAGAACAGAAAUAAAAAUAAAAAUAAAAAAAAAAGAUUCCAUUUGUUUCCUUUGGAAUUUUUUUGCAUAAUUCUGACAUUUUUCUAUAACGUUUCUUUCGUCUUCUUCUCUCUGAUAAAAGUAUGAGUUAUUAUUACAAACAAACGACUACAACAACGACUUCUGACGGGAAAACUUCUACUACCACCACAAACACCACCACAGGUGAUGGCGACGAUUAUGUCAGUACGAGUUCUGUUAUUGUUCGCGAGUUAAACGAUAACGAAGACUUUGAUUUGGAUCAUUUGGAGACUACGGAAGACUACGAAAUCAGAGAUGAAGAUAGAUUGACAAAGUACGAUUUCUAUGCUCUCAUGAACAGUACAUUGAUUGGAAAAGAUGGAGCAGUAGAGGAUGACGACGAAGAGGAUGACGACUUCUUUUCAAGUGAAAGCGAUUCGGAGAUAGAAGAACAUUGGUUUCCUUCUUUGACGAGAAACUCCAUUAUACAAUUCUUAGACGACCCAGAACAAGAAAGCUACAUGUAUGACGAUACAUUAGACACAAAAGUACAGAUCGAAGAGAAGGAGGAGGAUGACAUAGAUGAUGAUACUAUAGAAGAAGACGAUGACGAAGAUGAUGCUGAUGAUACUCAUAAGAACCACAUGCGUAAUUCUUACGGUAAAAGACAAAGACGCCAUCACUCCAGAAAGAAGCGCUCAAAGAGACCAAAGAGAUCUGAGCAAGUCCAAGUCGAAGUGAUCCCCUUAUUGAUUUAGCUGUCUUUAAUUACCUGAAGAGACAAGCAAUAAAUAUGCAAUUUGACGCGUUGAACAUUUCUUCCUAUAUUCACAAAACAGUUAUUCAAUUCUUUUGAUUCUCUCAAUGUAUUUCACGCUCUUUAAACUAGACAGCAUCACUUUACAUUUCAAUUCUUGAUCCAUUGAAAUGUUUACUGUGCAAAAAAAAAAAAAAAAAAA